GAGCACGAGAAAGUGGAGUGAAACAGGAUCUCUGCCACCCUCCUCCCCCACUGUUAUGGCCACAUCUUGGUUCUCGUCUCCAGAUCAAAGUUUAUUAUUAGAACCCGUCUCACUCCUGACUGUCUUUCUGUGUCAUUUGUGUCUCUCACUUUCUGUUUCUGUCCUUUACUUCAGCCGUGUCCUUCCAGUCUUUGGUAUCUGGUCGUUGAGUAUUUUUCCCUCUCCGACGCUGGCGGUCAGACAGCCUAGUUGACACGUCCCGUAUUCGCUGGUGGUUUCAGGUUAUUUUUUCCCCCUUGGUUGGGGGGUAUCCUCCCGUUCUAAUUGUCAUGUUUUAAGCCGCUCUUGCUCUUCCUCCUCUCUUUCACCUUACACUUACCUUCCUCCAUCCUCUUCUGUUCCCAUCCUCAAGUUUCGCGUUUGUCCUUAGUCUCAGUAGCUUUGCCAUUUUGCAUAAUGGGAAAAGGAAAGCUGUAUUCUCUGUGCAAGUUUUUUCUGGACUCCAUCUGCCUCUGCUUCUCUCAGAGCAGUGGUGAAGCUCCACGCAGCGGCAGGAGGGACACCGAGAACGGUCACCUGAUCUACAAAAGUGGAGACAUCCUGGAGGACAGAUAUGAGAUUGUCAGCACUUUAGGUGAAGGAACUUUUGGGAAAGUGGUCCAGUGUUUGGAUCACGGCAGAGGUGGGGUUCAAAUAGCCGUGAAGAUCAUAAAGAACUUGGAGAAGUACAGAGAAGCAGCCAGACUGGAAAUCAGUGUGCUGGAGAGGAUCAGUGAGAAAGACCCGCACAACGAGCAUCUGUGUGUGCAGAUGCUGGACUGGUUCAACUGCAGCGGUCACAUUUGCAUUUCAUUUGAGCUGCUGUCACUCAGCACCUUUGACUUCCUGAAAGCAAACAACUUCCUGCCGUAUCCCAUUAACCAAGUCCGACACAUGGCCCAUCAAAUCUGCCACGCCGUCAGCUUUCUCCAUGACAACAAGCUGACUCACACCGACCUGAAGCCUGAGAACAUCCUGUUUGUCAACUCAGACUACUCCCUCGUAUACAACGCUGACAAGAAGUGCAAUGAGAAGCGAGUUAAUGAUACCACAGUGCGCCUUGCUGACUUUGGCAGUGCCACCUUUGACCACGAACAUCACUCUGCCCUCGUGUCUACACGUCACUAUCGUGCUCCAGAGGUCAUCCUGGAGUUGGGUUGGAGUCGGCCUUGUGACGUCUGGAGUAUCGGCUGCAUCCUGUUUGAAUACUACAAAGGUUUCACACUCUAUCAGACUCAUGACAAUAAGGAGCAUCUUGCAAUGAUGGAGAAAAUACAAGGACCAAUUCCCCUGAAGAUGAUCCCCCGGAGCGGAAAGCACAAAUAUUUCUGUCAUGGGCAUUUGGACUGGAACGAGUGUUCCAAGGCCGGGCGCUACGUUAAAGCCAACUGCAAACCAUUAAGGAAUUACCUGCUGUCACAUGGAACAGAACACCAUCAGUUCUUUGAUCUGUUGGAGUGGAUGCUGGAGUAUGAGCCCUCCAAACGCAUCCUUCUUUCCUCUGCUCUGUGCCAUCCCUUCUUCCUGCCCCUCCGUCAGGUGGGACGGGGUCAUGCGUGGAGGAACAGCUGUGAAAUCAGCAGAUGACCCUGCCAUUCUCCAAUCCCAGGAAAUC